GUAAGGCUUUGGGUCGUUCACUGCGGCACGAACAACCUGCACAAGAAACAGGGCCUGCCUGACGACAGCAUCAACGCCUUGCGUGUGCUCUUGACUACCAUACUGCAGGCGUCUGCACCGGGGACUUCAGUAUUGCUCACAGGCCUGUUUUAUCGUAAAGACAUACCUGAAGAGCUUGUGGAACAGGCCAAUGCGAAACUCAGGGCUCUAGUUGAUGAAGUCGCUCAGGCAUUUCCCGGCCUACUUUCUGAAGCCGCGCCGCGAAUCAUGUUUUUACCCGCACCUAAGGGAAUCGACCCCGACAUACAUUUAGACGAUCAUGUCCAUCUAAAUCUGGAGGGCUAUCGACAAUGGAUGGUCACACUAUUCCCUGCAGUGAUGGCCAUGUUG